ACACACACACAGAGAGAGAGGGAGGGAGCACACACACACACACACACACACACACACAGAGAGAGAGAGAGAGAGAGAGAGAGAGAUUCCUCCGGGGUGAGCCGGUGAUGCUCGGGUAAACCCGGCCCCUCGGCGCGUCAGUGCAGCGCUGCCUCCUCAGCGGCUCCGUCUCCUGCAGCUCCGUCUCCUGCAGCUCCGUGUGGAUCAGACAUGGACGCGUCCGCGCUGUGAACUCUGCUCCUCCGCGCGUGCAGCUCUCUGCACCUCGUCCUCCUCCUCGUCCUCGUCCUCCUCUCGUCCUCUGUGCGUGUUCGCGGUGCUCUGGAUCCACUCAUGCGUCGGGAACGCCAUGGCCACUCCGAGCGCACAGCAGCAGCACCAGGAUUACUUCAGGUCGGUGAGCAGCGAGUCCACCACCUACAUGAUGGUCCCGGCCGGCGGGCCGCGGGGGCCCGGGCGCAAGGAGGCGCCGUCCAAGAUGUGGGUGGCGAUGGUGGUGAUCGUGGUGGUGGUGCUGCAGAUCGCCUCCACCACGGGGCUCUUUGUCUACCUGAACAUGUCCAUCUCGGAGGUGCGUAGCCAGGGCGUCACCGAGGAGCUGAAGUGCCUGGGUCUGCUGAACGUGCUGGAUAAGGACCAGGACAUCCCGGACCAGCUGGCCCAGGUCUUCGGAGAGCCAUGCAUCAAACUGGCCGAAGGCAUCAAGGCGUACAUCUCCAAGGUGACAGAGGACAUCAUCUCCAAACAAACCUUCAUAGAGGCGAGGACGAUGGCUCGCCCCGUCAACAACUCGGGGUCAAAGUUCAUGACCUCGGUGGCCCAGAGGCCGUCGGCCCACUUGACCCUCAGAGACACCAGCUCUCAAGGGUUCUCUCUCUACUCGAUCCCCACACCGGAUCUCCACCAGUCCUGUCGCCAUGUGGUCCGCUCGUGGGCCAAUCAGAGCUUUGGAGCGCACCUGCACAACAUGACCCUGUCCAAUGGGAAGCUGCGAGUGCCUCAGGAUGGGCGGUACUACCUGUACUCACAGGUGUAUUUCCGUUAUCCGUCGCCGGCCGCCGGUGACGGCGACCAGCGCAGCGUCAGCCACCAGCUGGUGCAGUGUGUCUACAAGAAGACCUCCUACCCGAGCCCCAUACAGCUGCUGAAGGGCGUGGGGACCAAGUGCUGGGCCCCGGACGCCGAGUACGCGCUGCACUCCAUCUACCAGGGGGGGCUGUUCGAGCUGAGGGCCGGCGACGAGCUCUUCGUCUCCGUCUCCUCCCCCACCAUGGUCAACGCCGACGACUCCUCCAGCUACUUCGGCGCCUUCCGCCUGGACCUCUGAGAGGAAGGGGACGGGAGAGGAAAGAGAGAGAUGGGAUGACGGGUGGUUAAAACGUGUGGGCUUGAGGCGAUGAGCGCGGGGCCUUUUGCAGGCCUGGACAGACACAAGUUUGGGAUGUUGGCCCCCGGAGUUUGGAUCCAGCGUCCGCUGAAGGACGGAAGGAGUCGGGGGUUCGGAGGCCUCGUAAAAGAAAAACAGAGUUGAUUCGUCUUCCUUACUCUCCUUGAAGAGAAAACCCAACCGUCGAGAGACACAGGUGCAUCACGUGAAAACACGAGGACACUGAUUUAUUGUCGAUUUUUUUUUUUUUGUUUUUUUGUCGGGAACAAAGAAGCCACAAACUGACGUUCCAACAGAAUAAGGCUCCCGCUGCCUGUAUCGCAAAUGAACUCACCAAUCCCAUCGCACAUCGUCAACCUUUCAUUCUUUUUGUUGGACCCUGAGAUUUGGGUUGCAGACGGACUGAUGUACACACAAAGAGAGAACUCACUCCUCUGCAUCAGAGAUGUGAGGAGCGACUGUGGAAGAAAAUCAAGCCAUCAAACCAAAGCAAAGAAAAAAUGCAAAGAAAAAUGCGGAAUAUAACUCCCCCCCCCCCCC